GUGUUUUCACUUGUUUACAUUUUUUUUAUCCUGUUUUCUUAAGCCACCCUGCAAAAGAUGGGUGACACUGACAUCGUUACUUAUUGAGGUCUUUUUUUUUUUUUUUACUUUCUUACACACUGCUUCAACGAUGGCUGCGAUCUGUUCACGGUACUAUUUUUGGGUCCGAUUUCUCCUUUGGGUCACUUCCUCUUGGAUACAGAUGUUAGUCACGGGUGAACAGGUAGCGGUGGUGGAGGUCUGCGUAACAGAGGAGCGACCGAUAAUCAGCGCUGUACUACAGGGACAGCUGGUGGAGGCUCGCCAGGGUGGAGUCCCCGGGCAUGAUGACUACUAUUCUUUUGGAAAACAACUCGACCUUGAGGGAGAUCUGAUAUUGGUGCAGGAUGAGCGAUCCCAGGUAACCGAAGUUGAAGGGGCAGCUGCCGCUGCCCAGGAUAGGGAGUCAUGGAUUGGAGUAGUCCCUCUGAAGAUGGAGACACAAUCUUCUACUGGGAACCAGGAUUCUUUUGCCGAUACAGUAGUCAAUAAAAUGAAACGAGCCUUGGUUCUGGGAGCAUCCGCACUCAUCAUUCUGGCCCUCAACCACAACACCGUCAGCGAGAUGGAUUUGUCCCAAGUGCUGUCCAAACCUAUCAUCAUCAUCCAGACAUCAGAGAAUGUCACAAAGCUGAUUGGUGCACUUCUCAGGGGCCUUCACGCAACAGCCAAGAUCACAUACAAGACUAUAUUACAGGACAACCUGGGGGCCACCCUGACCCUGUGGUCAUCUUGCGGCCGCUCGAGAGGUGGUCUGUACGGAGAGUGGCAGGGGGUGAUCUGUACCGGAGAGACCAACUCCCGGGUCCAGAAAUACCUGCAGCAGCUUUGGAACACUGUCCUGAUGGUGGCUGUGGUACUCAGCACAGGGGUCAUAGUUCAAGCCCGCUGGCAGUACCAUGACAACCAGCUCACUGAUGACGGGGAGUCGUCGAAACAAGACAUUCUGAGGAGAAUGUCUUCCCUGAAGACCAAAACAUACUGCCAGCCCAAGCCCUGGUGUGACUCAUCCCAACCAAUGGAGGCGGAGAACUGUGCGGUCUGCCUGGAGCCCUUCAACAAUAACCAGGUAACAUCUGCAGAGAGAGUUAAUGUUGGACGGAAGUUGGUGUCGCCAGCUCCCUCACCGGUCCUCAGCCCGGACCCAAACCUCCUCCAUCCACAACCCUCCACCCCAGAGCAUGGCUAGAAGUAUGUGCUUGUCAAAAUGGACCACUUGGCUCACUGCAGCUAGCCCUGUCCAGUCCCCUGACUAUGGGGCGGGCGUAGGGUAACCCGGAGGGGAACACAGGAAGAGUCAGUAAGGUUCAAUGUUACGAGAGGAAACAAAAAGGUCAAAUACUGUACCACUGUUGUGGAUGGCAUGUUACUGUACCUGUGUGUAUGUGUGUGUGUGUGUGUGUGUGUGUCUUAGACUGUGAACAAACCCACCUUACUGCUGGCGCCGGAGAAAUUCAUAAUUCCCUUUCAAAAAAUUAGAAAUUCAUGGGAAUGCAACCUGUCUAUUUGAAGGCGUCAAUAUUGCAUGGGCCCACACUCUAGCAAAACAACGAUUUUUAAUGACACUACACUGUCGUUUAAACCGGCACCAUUGCAUUACCUCCUAACCCUGUGUAGAUGUAGCAUAAUAGACUAUAAUGGGAACAGAGAAUCAAGGCAGACAUUAUUCCACAAUGGAAGCAGCAAUUCAUUAUGGGAUGUUUCAGGGCAAUCUCAGAUGUCGGAUCAGGUUACCGGAUCGGCUACAUCUAUUUAAUGUCCAAGGAUUCUGUAACUCGCAAACUGUGAGGACGGGUUGUUGGGGAAAACCCGGGUCUGCUUUACCCUGAUAUAAUUAUGUUGUAGAGCAUCACAUGUCCUUGACAGUGUUCUUAUGCUGUAAGAACCAUUUGGUUACACUUGAAUCAUUCAGCCAACUACACAGCAAGGCAUAGUUGGUUAGUUGCCUGUGCAAAGACUUACACUGCUCUCUCUGUAGCCGAUCACAUGCAGCCAUAGCCAGAACAUAUGAUUAUAUUGGCAACAUUGAUGACAACUCACUAGAACGACCAAGCAUAGGAAACACAACCGUAUAAUUUACAUUAAUUCAGGUUCUGCAUAUCCAAAACGAUAAACCAAAGCACGGGGAUGAGCUUAUUGUGCAGUACUCAUCCCAAAAAAAAAAAUUUGAAAGAAGGAAAAGUGUUACACUGCAUUAAAUACAGAUGUAUUUGAAAUAGACGUAUUUGUGCUGAAUAUGUAUUUCUUCCAAUUGAAUUCAACACUUCCUAUCUUCCUUCAUCUCCCCGUUCUCACAGACUAUAACCGAGCACCCUCUGGGAUGGGAACCCAAUACAUACGAUGAUCGCUGGUACGGGUUAGGAAUGCGAUGUAUGAAUUUUAGAAAGAACAUUUUGCCUUCUCAUCGGGUGCUUCCAGCAUGUUCCACCAACUGGGAUGUAUACUUGAUUUGGGUACGAUUGUCUUGUUCUUUUGACUGAUAUUAUCUAGAGACAGUAGUGUAGUACUCAGUUUAUUAUGUGUUUUAAUGACAACUCCAAAUAAAGCAACCACAAAUGUGCUUUUCCGUAACAAAACGCUCCGAUAGAUUUGCUAUUCUGCUCAUAAAAAAAAAACUUGUGAAAAGUAGCUCUCCCUCACAUUUGAGAGGGGAAUUUCAUCUUUGCAGCAUGUGCACUCCCGCACACAAACACACACACACACACACACACACGAGAGUGAGGUGUGGAUCAGAUCGGCUAAGGUACUCUAAAUGUAGUUCUGCCUAAACUAGGCGUUGGUGAAUGAGAGAAGAUGAAGGGUGGACAAGCGCUCCUCCUAAAGUACUCCCGUAGAGGCUGCAGUGAAACCUUGUUUACCCGCUCUGACGUCGUUCUGCACAGUGAAUCAGGUGAGGUCUGGUUGUUCUUCCAGAUGCACUGAGAGCAUCUUCUCCUUCCCUUCCAUGUAUGUUCCUAUGUGGUUCUUUCAAUGUAAAUGAUGUAAAGAAAAUUCAAUAAAAAUAAUGCAUUCUAUAUAUUAAUAAACAAAGAGUAUCUAAUGAAAGAAAAUUCUUGCUUUUUUUCACAAAUCAAAUCACUGGCGGACACGUUCCGCACUUUGGCCUUUAAAAAAAAAAGGAUAUUGAACUGGAAGAAUGUGGGGAUGAAAACUAAGAUUUAAUAACGACAACGUCUGGAAUUUAUGCCGCUUGGUUUGCCCUGAUAUCCAACCCAAACAAGAAAAAAAAAACAGGGCAACUUCUCACCAACAACCUCAACUGGUGGAACAUUUUAACUUGGAGAAAAUAUGGCUGUCGGAACCACAGGCAACAGGAUUACACCGUCCUCCAUCUUUAGCCUCCCCCAAAACCCUUCCAUCACGAGUCUGACUUUUUUCUAUCUGCCAUCAGUUUGUCUGUCCAUCU